AUGUCCCUUCUCCUAGGCAUCACUGCUCUCCUCCUCCUCUCCCCAACAUCAGGACUCCGCUCUCCAAUCCUUCACAGACCGAGACGCCUCGCCAAGGCGGAGAAGAGCGUCAUCGUACAACUCUUCGAAUGGGAUUGGGACAGCGUCGCUAGGGAAUGUGGAGCGUUUAUUGGGCCUGCUGAAGGGUAUGGGUUUGUGCAAGUGAGCCCACCGCAGGAACACAUGGUCGGUCCACAAUGGUGGACAGACUACCAGCCCGUGUCGCAUAACAUCAUCUCGAAGCGGGGGAACCGCGCCCAGUUCGCAAACAUGGUCCAGGCGUGCAGAACCGCGGGUGUGCAAGUGAUCGCCGAUACGGUGCUGAAUCAUAUGUCUGCUCAGGGCUCGGGUACGGGCGUUGGGGGAACGGUGUAUAGCCAUUAUUCGUAUCCUGGUAUACAGUAUCAGGACUUUCAUCAUUGCGGUAUCUCAUCUGAGCUCAUACCUCUCGUAGUGAACUACGACAACAGGGGAGAAGUUCAGACGUGCGAACUGCUCGGGCUUGCAGACCUAGAUACAGGCUCUGAAUAUGUGCGGAAGCUGUUGGCUGCUUAUGCGAAUGAUCUUGCUUCUUUGGGUGUUACGGGAUUCCGUCUCGACGCUUCGAAGCAUAUCGCCGCUACGGACAUCGCGAACAUCGUCCGUCGAUUUGUAGGAAAGCCAUAUAUUACGCAAGAGGUGAUUUAUGGUUAUGGAGAGCCUAUUCAGCCGAACGAAUACACGGGAAAUGGUGAGUACUACCUUCUGUUUAGAUAUACAUCAGCGUUACAGAGCGCUUUCCUGUCAAACGGCAUCGUUUCGCUGAUCACUCUGCCACUGAAAGACUGGGUACCGUCAUCUUCGGCAAACGUGUUUGUGGCAAAUCAUGAUACGGAAAGGAACGGGAACUCGCUUAAUUAUAGGUCCCCCUCCAAUAUGUAUUGGCUUGCGAAUGUGUUUAUGCUGACCUGGCCCUUUGGUACGCCGACCGUGUUGUCCAGCUACGAUUUUACCGAUCAUGAUGCUGGAGCGCCGAAUAACGGUGCUGGAACAUGUUCGGGCACGGGAGGGUCAAAUGGAUGGCAAAUAUUGACAGUAUGUAUUAGGUUAUGUCAGCAUCGGAGUCCAGUCAUUGCCAAUCUCCUGCCGCUUCACAACGCUCUGAUCAAACCUGCCUCUCUGGAUCAUGUGAUGACAGGCACAGCGCAACAGCUUGCUUAUGGAAGGGGCUCGACGGGAUUCGUUGCGAUCAACAACGAUGACAGCGCUUGGUCCGCAACAUUCUCAACUUCGCUUCAUGACGGCCGGUAUUGCGAUUUGAUCGCUGGCGGCUUGUCAGGAGCUGAAUGCGCUGGAUCAAGUUAUGAUGUCUCGCGAGAGUCGUUCUCUGCCACGAUACCCCCUAGAUCCGCGAUCGCCUUAUACGUUGGAUCACGCACUAUUCCACCUAUUCUCCGCCGUCACAGUCAUGCCCACGAAACGAAGAACAUCACUGUCGAAUUCCUAGUUCGGGCUCUUGUAGACAACCCUGUGGGAGGAUCGAGAGCUUAG